UUCUAUUGCGUUCAGUGUGUCGCAUGUCUCUUUCGUUGUUGGUCGUGUCGUUGCUUGGUGGCGGUCUUUGUUUUUAUUAGAGACACCGUCACUCACACACUUAUUUUGUAAUUAUUACAAACAUUAAUAUAUUUGCAUUUAGUACAAAUUUAAUUAACUUUUCUUUUAACUAAAUACACAUAAAAAAGUAAACAAAGCUAUAUUAGCCGGCAAUUGAAGUAGGAUAGAAAAAAAAAAUGUAAAAAGAAACAACGGGAUAAAACACGAUUAGAAACGAAGGCUAAACUACAGUCAUUACUCGUGUUAAGUAUCAAGUGAAACAAAAUUUUCCGCAUUCGCAAAAACGCCACACAACAUUAUAAAUCGCCAUUCUGUUUUCGUACGCAAGAAGCUUAACUAACUACACAUAAUCAACAAUAUAAUCAUAUGUACAUUCAUAUAUAUAUGUAUAUUGUCGAUAUUAAAACAGCAGAAUAGAUCGUUGAUUUUAUAUUGGCUCAAAAAUGGCGCCGAACAGCGACGCAAUACAAAACAGCAGCAGCGUUAUCGCUGCAAUGGAGGUCAGCCUUCUUGCAUUGGCAAUUUUUUGUUGACAAAAGCAGUGAUAUGUUCGCAUGUCAUUUUUAUUAAUCGUUUAAGUCGUUAUUAGCUGUGAUAUACUAAAAUAGUUGCUGCUCUGCUCACUCGUUCGUUUGUUCAUUUAAUUUAAUAUUUACAUAAAAUUUAUAUAUUCAAUCAUUUAAUGAACUUAAUUUGGCGAAAUUUACUAAAUAUUGGUAUGUGCCAAAUAAACAAUUUCACGCCUUCCACUGUUGAAAAAAUUAUAACAAGUUUUAUGUAUCCACAAUUGAUUAUGAUGGCAUUCAGCUAAAAGGAAAACGCAAAUUUUGUCAAAGACCGCCGCCGCCAACGUCAAAAAAAGUAGAGGAAGAAGAAGCAAAGUAAUAUUUUUAUUCCGGUCGUUAUUUUUAUCUUGCUGACGUCACAUAAAGAGUCGCUUCAAAGAAAAAAUUAUAGACUGUGUGAAAAAAAGUUUUAAACAAAACAAAUUCCUAAUAAUAUAAAAUUCCACAUAAGAAAUAUAUUUAAAAAGCAGAAGAAAGUGUGUGUGAUAAAAACAACAAAAAUGAUACAAUAAAACUACAAAAGAGAGGACAAAAUUAUUCAAAAAUAAUUCCAACAAAGAUGUAAAGAAUCCUUAGGUGCUAACUUAGUAUAAGAAGAAAUUAUUAAGUACAAUAAAAAUUUUCAACAAAAAAUUGUUAAAGGAAAUAAGCCAGCCAUAUUUGCGGAAGUUAAACAUAUAAAAAAGAACUGUUAAGAAGUAACAUCAGUGGCACAACAAGAAACAAAUUCAGCUCUCUUAAAGGAAGGAAGUAUAAAGUGUUUGAGCAAAGAAACACAGGUUGUAUCUUUUAGUUUUGUUAUAUUGUGAAGACGCCUACUCCAAAGGAAGAUGCACAUAAAUUUGUUGUAAACUGAUGACAAACAAAAAACAUUAAUUUUAAGUAAAUAGUUUUAAAAACUAACAAAACUAAAUAAGAAAACUUUUUUAUUAAGUCUGUACCAAGCACCAAAAUAAAUAAAAGAAAAGUGCAAAUUAGUAUUUUUGAGAAAGCUGUUUAUAACGCAGAAAAUACUAACUUAACUACCUGGUAUAUUCGUGCCACAUAUAAGCACGAAGGAAUUAACAAGUUUAAUUGCAAAAGUCAGCAUACCAACAAAAACAAUGUCUAAAUAUUUUAAUUUAACACAGUCAGCAGCUGCAAAUAGUACUGCAGCAUAUAGCACUGGUAACAGUACAAAUAGUGCGUAUGGGCAACGCCAGCGCCAACAAAAUGUUCCAAGUGUUUCCUCGGCAUCGCAUGCUAUACGCAAGUUGUCUUAUGAACCCGUAGCUACAUCAACUAAUUCCGGUGGCAGCAAUUCAAGUUCGAAAAACUCCAAAACUGCGACAAAACUGUUUUCAAAUCCAUCGGCAGCGUCAUCGUAUGUGUCAACAUCAGGUUCUUCGUCACCAGUGUCAAUUGUUUAUCAAACAAUUCCUACAACAAUAUCAUCACAAACAAAACUGACACAUCUGUUAGAUCAUGGUUAUGGCGCAGCAUAUGAAAUUUCUGCCACAACACCGACUACUACUACACCCGCCUCAACAACACAACAAGGUACACAGCAACAUUUUGCGGGGAAAUUUGCAACAACAACCGGGUCAACAACAACAACUAAGCACACAACAGAUAAUCAGCAUAUUACACAGUUUUAUAAGGUGAAGAAGCAAGUGAAACGUCAUUUGCCUAUGUCAGAGAGUCAUCCAAAGAAGCAGGCUAAGCAAAGUUGCUCAACUUAUGUGCAGCCCAUACAACAGCAAACGAUAAGUUUUGCAACACCAACACCUUCACCACAACCACCACGUCCACCGUCAUCUGCCUCAUCCACCUCAUCGUCAGCUGCUUUAGCGGCCUUUAAAUCAGGAGCAACUGCUUCAUCAUCUUUUCUUGCUUCUAAACGUACAACAGAAGGCAAUAACCGUGCCGAUACCUCAUUGGGAAUAUUAACCAAAAAAUUUAUAGAUUUAUUACAAGACUCACCGAAUGGUGUUGUUGAUCUCAAUGAAGCUUCAAAUAAGCUAGAGGUGCAAAAGCGACGCAUAUACGAUAUCACGAAUGUUUUAGAAGGCAUUGGUAUAUUAGAGAAAAGGUCGAAAAAUAAUAUACAAUGGAAAUGUGGGAAUUCACUUGUUAGUUCGGAUCGUGCUCGUGAAAUGCUAUUGGAGAGCGAAAGACUCGAACAGAAAGAGAAUCAGCUAAACAUACUGAUUGAUCAAAUGCGUGAUGAAUUAAGCAGUGAAAUAUCUAAGAAUAAUAAAUAUGCUUAUGUCACACAUAGUGAUCUAAAAAAUGUUGACCUAUUUGAAGAUCAAAUAAUAAUUGUGAUUAAGGCACCACCCGAGGCCAAACUAGUGCUACCUGAUUCCAACUGUCCACGUGAAAUAUAUGUUAAAGCUGAAAAUAAUGGUGAAAUCAGUGUGUAUCUGUGCCAUGAUAAUUCACCAGAAAACUCGCCCACAUUUGCUGCAACAACGGCGACUGCCGCCCGUCAACAUAAUGACACGUUAUUUAAUGAUAUCAAUCGUUUAACGCCAAUUAUGACUGCACAAAAACAUCACGGACUAGGUUUACCGGCAAUUGCAUCAACCGCAUCAUCAGCGGCGGUGGCGGCCUCAACUCCCUUUACAUAUCCCAUACGUUCCGCACAACGAAAUCUGAGUAAAUCAAUAGAAGCUGCUGCAAAACAAGAAAUUGAUUUUGGUUGUGCCAGUUUGGUUGGUGGUACCAGUAAUAAUUAUCAGCAACAAUUACAACAACCAACGCUACAAAAUAAAUUAAAUGCAAAUAUUGGUGAAGAAUACAAUUUGUUCCCUACAAUAACAAGACCUGUGCUAACAAGUACUGCGCUCUUACAAAAUUCAAUAAUUGCCUCGUCUAGACCAAAUACCGCCAUGCAAAAUAUAAAAUUAGAACCUGCUGAUGGUUACGCCGUUGGGUCGAUCGUUUUGAAACCAAGAAGAGAACACAGUACUGCUGCUGCAACUACUAGCACAACUGGAAUUGCUACUGCUGGCAGUCAACAAGAUAAAAAUUAUACGCUUAAUAGUUUUAAUAAGGAUAGGAAUACUGGCCUAAAAAAUGAUGUUAACAUGGUUAAUUGUGCAAUGGAACAGCAUAAUACAAGUGUUGUUAAUGUAAAUGCUGCUGGAACUGAACAGAAUCUAACUAUGCCUGAUAUGAUGAGUUCCACAAAUGAGACAACUGCUGUUCUACACUGUUCAACAAGUAGAAAGACAUCAAGUACACCACAAUCAACAAUGUCAUAUAUAAUCGAAAGAACAACAUCCGCUGGCGGUCAAACAAGUACAGAUACUGCAGACACAAGUCAAAUGGUGGACUCACAUUUAACGCAAAUCGAUUCAAAUAAUGCUUCAAGCGUCAGGAACGCACUUAUUUCGGAUUCGGUUAAUUUGAGUCCUGGCACAUUGGUUGGUGAGCAAAAUUAUCUGCUCGAUUUGCCACCAUUUCUGUCAAUUGAGCCGCCAUUGGAUAUUGACUAUAACUUCUCAUUGGAUGAAUCAGAGGGUCUUAUUGAACUAUUCAAUGAUUUUUAGAUAUAAAUACAAAAAUAAAAUUCGCAUAUAUAUUUAAUAAAUGUAAAUGUCCUUA